GGAGACGUCAAACAGUCUCAUCGCAACAUAUCCAAAGUUUCAACAGGUGAUCUUCCGACUAGUGCCAGCACAGCGAGAUCAUAAGGACGUUAGAGGCAAUUUCCAUCAGGAAUAUGAGGUGGUCUGCUCUGUGGUGGUUCGCCGUAAUCGCAGCCAUGGUUAUGCUGGAAGCAAACGCAGCCCCAAGCCCCAGGAACGACAACAUGCUGCAAGAGCUCUUGAAACUAGACCAGUUGUAUUCCUCCGUCGCCAGACCGAGUGUGCGCAGCGGCCCGACCCAACCUGAUAGUAUGGGUCCCAAGGUACAGCGUGCCAUCAACAUGUUAAGACUUCAGCACCUCGAUCGACUCUAUGGCGACCCGUCUCGUCCCAGGUUCGGUAAGCGCGUGGAAACCAACUCCAAUUUUGCACCGAUUGAAUACGAAGGUCAGUAUCAGAGUGAGGACGUGGGAGACUGGCUGCCCCUUAGAAGAUGAGAAAUUCUCUUUCGUAGAUAUCGCCCCUUCUCCAGCCCCCAGCCCCGUAGACAAUCACACUGAUUUAUUAUCAUCAAAGCUCAUGCAGAUAACCUGUUACUUAUUGUUGCUAAUAAUUAUCUAGUCCAAAUAAAGCAUGUUCGUGACCCA